CGCAGGCGCACUCCCUGCGCGUUCCCUUUCGCCUCGGCGCCUCCAUCCCUGAUCCUUUGCCGCAGCGUCAGCGCCUACGCCUCUCUUCCUCCAGGUUCUCUUUCUCCUCCGCCUCCUUAGCUCCCUCCGCCUCCGCCGACGCGGCGCCGGGAGCCCGCGCAGAGCCCCGGGCCACACGGUGCCAUGCUGCCUCGGCAGCGGCGCUGAAGGAUGGCAACGCCCGUCCCUCCGCCCUCCCCGCGGCACCUGCGGCUGCUGCGGCUGCUGCUCUCCGGCCUCAUCCUCGGCGCGGCCCUGCGCGGUGCCGCCGCCGGCCGCCCGGAUGUGGCCGCCUGUCCUGGGAGCCUGGACUGUGCCUUGAAGAGACGGGCACGGUGCCCCCCAGGUGCACAUGUCUGUGGGCCCUGCCUUCAGCCCUUCCAGGAGGACCACCAAGGGCUCUGUGUGCCCAGGAUGCGCCAGUCUCCGGGGCACGGCCCCCCCCAGCCCAGACUGGAAGAUGAGAUUGACUUCCUGGCCCAGGAGCUAGCGGGGCAGGAGGCAGGGCGCUGGGGGGUCACGGCCCUGCCCCAGCCUGAGGCGCCCCAUCGGCUCCUGGAGCCUGCAGCCACCCUGGGGCUCUCAGAGCGAGGCCAGGGCCCGGACUUGGGCCUCCACUCCACUCAGGGAGUCCCUGCGCCCACGCCCCGCACCACCUUGGGCUCCCUGGUGUCAUCUGGCCCCGUUCAUAUGUCCCCCCUGAAGGCCCAGGGCGGGCGUGGUGACGGCCUCACCCUCGUGUUCAUCGUGGCAUGCUCCGUGGCUGGCGUGGCCGCCCUCGCUGUGGCCGCUCUCUGCUGGUACAGGCUGCAGCGAGACAUCCGCCUGACCCAGAAGGCCGACUACGCAGCCCCGCAGGCGCCGGGCUCCCCAGCAACUCCCGGGAUCUCGCAGCCCGGGGACCAGCGGCUGGCGCACAGCGCCGAGAUGUACCACUACCAGCACCAGAGACAGCAGAUGCGGUGCCUGGAGCGGCAUAAAGAGCCGCCCAAGGAGGUGGACUCAGCCUCCUCGGAUGAAGAGAAUGAAGAUGGCGACUUCACGGUGUACGAGUGCCCGGGCCUGGCCCCGACCGGAGAGAUGGAGGUGCGGAACCCGCUGUUCGACCAUUCCUCGCUGUCGGCUCCUCUGCCACCCCCACCGCAGUGACCCAAAGGCGGAGGCUCCUCUUGAGGACCCUGCGGCCCCGGGUGGGAGGGCAGGUACUGGCUUUUCCCAAUAAAGACACCGUGUUCUGACACUG